AUCAGGGGUGUGAUGGCUGUGCAUACUGUUUAGUGCGCCACUGUGUAGUGAUAUUUAUCACAGGCUUGGUCUCCGGAUAAAACAGGGCGCUGUCAAACCCAGCUCGUCCUGAAAGUUUGACUUGUAUGCUGACGAAAUGUGAAACAUUAUCCAAAGCGAAAUCUAUUGAAAAAUGGCUUGUUUUAAAAAGUAUCCCCCAAGGAGCGACCAGAAUAGCGACAGUGUUGCGAAGUUGUAUAUGAUCCUGAGGAGAUGAAGGCCUGAAGUGUACGAGGAUGUCAGUGGAGUGGAAACAUUGAUGGAGGGCCAGAAGAGUUCUAAAGAAGAGGAAGGUGACAGGGGUGUGCCCUACAGGUGGCAGGGCUACUCAUGUAUUGUUAAACCAGCGAGGAUUUUCCUUUCACAGCCUGUGCUUCAGGCUGCACUGGGGAUCAGGCAUGGAGUUCUACUGACAAAAGAUGGCCUUGUCUACAGCUUUGGAGAGCUUCCAUGGAAGCGAGACUUGAAGUCCCAGUCAGUAGAGCCUGUGCUGGAAAGCUCUUUAACUGGCCACCAUGUGGUCCGUGUGUCUACAGGUAGUUUUCACUGUGGUGCUGUAACAGAGGAAGGGACAGUGCAUAUGUGGGGUGAGAACUCCCAUGGUCAGUGUGGUAUCUCUGGUUUCAGUGUUGUCCCUAAUCCUACUCCUAUCAACAUUGUGGAUGAUGAAAUUGUCCCUCCUGAAUUGGUCCGGAUCCAGGAUGUGGCCUGUGGAGCAGAGCACACAUUAGCUCUGUCAAGGAAGCAUGAGGUAUGGGCCUGGGGUAGUGGCUGCCAGUUGGGCUUGGUGACUACUGUGUUUCCUGUGUGGAAGGCAGAGAAGGUAGAGCAUUUAUCAGGAAGAUAUGUGGUCCAGAUUGCAUGCGGCGAGUUCCAUAGCUUGGCUUUGGUUCGCUCACACCCACUUCCAGAGUCCUCUCAGCAACCGGAAGACAAAUGUGGCCAGUGCAAGCAGCCUCUUUACACUUUCAUUGACAAGGAUGACCAUGUAAUUAUUUCUGACAACCAUUACUGCCCACUAGGGGUGGAACUAUUGGAUGCAAAGGAAGGUCAAAAAUCAAAGCAGACAUCCCCAGCCUUGAUGGCAAAAUUGGAGACCUCAGCGCAUGAUCCCCAGAGUUCUGUAGUGUUGCCUGGAGAUUUCUGCCCCAGUGAGAGUGCUCAGAAUGAAUCUCACAGUGAUGAUACAGCAGGUGACAAAGAUGUGGAUCACAGUGAUCCAGCCCAUGACACUACAACUGACAGGUCACAAAGUCAGCAGCAAUGCCAUUUAAGAACUAAAAGCUCUCUUUACCCUGAUGAACAGGCUCUGAAAGACUACCUCAGGAGGAUCGCGGAACAGUCUCAAUCAGAGCAGAUUGAGGCAGGGUUCGUGAAGGGUUCACGUCAUGGUUCAUGUCCUCCAAGUCGCCAGACGUCCCUCAAGGAUUCUUACAGAUUAGACCAAGACAACAAACCUACAUUUCCUUCACUGGCACCAAUUGCCAUGAACAACAAUAUUCAAUCCAACCUUUCAGAUGAUAUUGCACUGACGCCGUUAAAAGACUCAGUCACAGAUUCUGUCAGUCAUGACUCAUCAGAAGACAUGGUCAUUUCUAGUGACCCUUUAGCAUGUGAGGAGGUCUCUGAUGAAAGCUUCUCGACUGAUAGAAACACCUGUCCACAUGAGUCACUGGAAGCCAAGAAGAGUGCCAGCCUGACAGACAUUAGGAUUGAUUGUCCAGAUGGGAAUAGUCGCAGGCGAUCAUUACCUGGCUUACUGUCACCAGUAUCUCCAGUAGUAUUGCUUCGCUGCAACCUUGCCAAAGCCGGAGCAAUCAACUCAAAAACCAUCGGCUUCUCAGAGAAGGAGAAUCUCCUUCAGUCUCUCUCUUCAGAGGUGUGGACUUGGGGCAGAGGUCAAGAAGGUCAGCUAGGUCAUGGGGACACCUUGCCCAGGUUACAGCCACUAUGCAUUAAGAGCUUAAGCAAAAAGGAAGUUAUCAAGAUCGUCGCUGGAUCAUAUCAUUCUUUGGCCUUGACAGCUCAGUGUCAGGUUUAUUCUUGGGGUUGCAAUAAAGUAGGUCAGUUAGGUCACAUGAACUCUCUUAGCACUGUGCCACAGCAUGUGAAGAUGUCUGACGGUAUUCGUGUGUGGGAUGUAGCGGCAGGGCAUACACACACCGUGCUGUUGGCUGAUGGAGACUGUUCAAAGCCCAUAUUGUAUUACAGUGGUGAGCAGGUGCAAGCACGGCAAGGGUCUCCUACUGUAACCUACACACAGACACCAACUCUGCUGCCCUUCUUUAUGAAUCUCGGCUAUGUGAGCAGCAUUUUUGCUGGAGGACUGAACUGUGUGGCUCUGGCUGAUCGUAAUGUUAUGGGUUUCAUCGCCACUCUGCACGAGAUGGCAUCAGCAGAGAGGAAGACCUUUUGCAUGCUCAGCAGGGUGAAGAACCAGAUUCUGCAUCCUCUACUGGCCCGGGGCAGCAUGAGCUCGUGUUUGGGCCGGACCUCCAUGAUGCUCUUCCAGUCUAUGGCAGGAAAAUACAGUCGUUUGUGCCAUCUUAUUGGAAAGCAUGCCACCUCUUUCACAAUCUUCCUACAGCAAAAGCGAGAUGUGAAAACCCUGGCCAUUGUGAAAAAUGCUGACCUUUUCUUGGGCACCUAUAAAAAGUAUAGCAGUCCAGUAGGAAACUUUCUUGUCAUGGGAGGAUUCCAGUCACUGGUGAAACCCUCACAAGAGUGCUUCGGGAAAAAGCUUGAACCGCUACAAAAACUGCUGGACCUCAAAGAGAAGAGCUCCUCGCUGAGUGAUCUGCUAGUAAACCUGUUUUACAUGCCUCUACAGCACCUGUAUAACUACAGCAGUCUUCUCAUGAAGCUGGCCACUUGUUUUGAUGUGAGCUCUGUUGAAUAUCAGAUGAUUCAAGAUUGCUGCUUGCAAUAUGAGGUCUUGGCUCAACUCCUAAGCAAAGAGAGGAAAGAGGCCGAGAACACCUAUACUUUCUGGAGGAGCUUUUCCGAAAAGAGCUUAGAGUCUCUGCGGAAGCCGUCUCGCCGGCUGCUGUGUGAGAGUAGCAAUAAGGGCUUGACCCUGCAGAAUGCUGGGAGAUUCUCAGUCAACUCGUUCAUCCUCUUUAAUGAUGCCCUUGUUCAUGCACAGGGGACCAUUUCAUCUAAGAAGUUUUUUUCCUCUUACCAUACCUAUCCGCUGGCCACACUCUGGGUGGAACCCAUUUCAGACGAGAAUGUGGGAUGGUUGGGACUGAAGCUAACUACCCCUGAAGAAAGCUUCACUUUGUUGGCAUCUUCGCCUUUGGAGAAGGGGAAGUGGCUGAGGGUCAUUAACCAGGCUGUGGAAGAUGUGCUCAGAGAGGGUCAAGAUGGACAGUCUUUCAGCUUGAGUGGCAGUCAGAGGGCAGAGCCUCCUAUUUCCCGCACUGCCACUUAUACAUUUACUAAAGAGGGCAGACUCAAAGAUGCCACAUACACUGGCCGCUGGCUCUCAGGCAAGCCUCAUUGCAGCGGCACCCUGAAGUGGCCUGAUGGCAGAGUUUACUGUGGGACAUUUAAAAAUGGCCUGGAGGAUGGGUUUGGAGACUGUAUGAUGCCUAACAAAUCCUUCAACAAAUACGAUCGUUACAAAGGCCACUGGAAGGAGGGCAAAAUGCAUGGAUUCGGGACAUAUUGGUAUGCUGCAGGUGAGGUGUAUGAGGGAUCAUUUCAGGAGAACCUGCGUCAUGGUCAUGGCAUGCUUAGCAGUGGCAGACUAGCCUCUUCCUCCAGCAGUGUGUUUGUCGGCCAGUGGGUCCAUGACAAGAAAUCAGGCUAUGGCAUAUUUGACAACAUCACAAAAGGAGAAAAAUACAUGGGGAUGUGGCUGGAGGACCAGAGGCAGGGCACAGGGGUUGUAGUCACACAGUUUGGUCUAUAUUAUGAAGGAGAAUUUAGUAAUAACAAAAUGAUGAGGACUGGGCUUCUGCUCUGUGAUGAUGACACUUCUUUUGAGGGAGAGUUUUCAGAAGACUGGACAUUGAAUGGGAAGGGUGUCUUGUCCAUACCUAACGGAGACUCUUUCGAUGGUAACUUUGUGGGCAAGUGGGGCUCUGAACUGAAAGUAACUGGCACCUUUACAAAGCUAUGCCUGUAUGAGAGUGAGAAGACGGAGAAUAUCACCUUUGAGGUUGGUCGUUAUGCAAUACCGGCUGAGCAGAAAUGGAUAGCUGUGUUUGAGGAGUGCUGGAGUCGGCUGGGUUGUGAAACCCCAGGAGUGGGAGACAAAGAGAAAGCCUGGGAGAACAUCGCAGUCAUACUGACAACUAGCCGCAGACAGCAGUGUAACAGUCCAAAGGCUCUGAGUCGCUCCCAGUGUAAGAUGCUGGAAAGUCUGGAGGUGAUCCCUCAGCAUGCCGGUCCUGUUACUGCUGAAAUCUAUGAUAGCAUCCGUCGCUACCUCGUCAAGGCAUGUGACACUCCUCUGCAUCCUCUGGGCUGGCUGCUGGAGACACUGGUCACCGUGUACAGGAUGACAUAUGUAGGUGUGGGUUCUAACAGAAGGCUUUUAAAGCAGGCUGUGGAGGAGAUCCAGUCCUACCUCAAACGCUUAUUCCAACUGGUCAGGUUUCUGUUUCCUGGUCUUCCAGAAGAGGGUGGUUUUAUCCCAGAUUCAGAGAGGAGCACCAGUGACUUUCUGAGCAGCAGCACACACUCAGACACCACUGAGCAGGGCUGGAUUGUGAGUAGCACCACUUUGCUACUUCCUGUUUUGUUGCCUCGUCUCUAUCCCCCUCUGUUCACCCUUUACACACAAGAAAGAGAGAGCGAGGAGGUGCUGUACUGGGACUGUGUGUUACGCCUCAACAAACAGCCUGACUUGUCUUUGCUCACUUUCCUGGGAGUGCCUCAAAAAUUCUGGCCUGUCUCAAUUUCUGUGUUAGGAGAGAUUAAGGAUGUGCUGCCUAACAGUAUGAAUGCUUGCUUUGCUACUGCUGUGGAGACUCUGCAACAGAUCAGCACAACUUUCACUCCGGCAGAUAAGCUUCAGGUCAUCCAUUUGACCUUCGAGGACAUCACACAGGAAGUGCAAGGCAUGUUGGGCCAGGGCUUCCUCUGGUGCAUGGAUGACCUUUUCCCAGUCUUCCUCUACGUAGUUGUCCGUGCACGGAUCAGAAACCUUGGCUCGGAAGUGAGCCUUAUAGAUGACUUCAUGGAUCCUGCUCUACAGCAUGGAGAACUCGGACUCAUGUUCACCACUCUCAAAGCGUGCUACUACCAGAUUCAGCGAGAGAAGACUACUGGCAUAUAAAGGCAGAGCUCCUGCAGAUGUAAGUCUCCUCUUAAGAUUGGACAGUGUUGUGGGUGCAGUGCUUUCUACAGUAUGAUUGCAGCAACAGAUUCGGAGGAGAGGACCCAACACGGACGUGUUUCCAGCACCUUCAUCACACUCUCCUGAUUCAUUUUAGCUGCUUUUAAAAGAAUCAAAGUUUUACAAUGAACAGUUUUUAAUGAAUGUAGAGGUUGUUUGUUACUUAACUGCAAAGGGAGUCUUUUUACUACUGAAUCAGUUUUUACGCCUAUGAUUCAUGAUUCGUUUUGCAGUGAAAGGCUAAACAGUGGUUUUGGUCGAUUGAUUUGAUGCACUGUGUUGUACUUAUUAGCACUACUUACUUUAUAUAAACUGCACGGUUAAUAAUGUAUUAGGGAAGAGCCAGCACAAUUGUAACAUGCUUGUGUUACCUGAAUGCAACUGUGCAUGCAACCGUGACACCUUUGCAUGCGAAUGCAAGUGUGUCACUUCUCUAUAGAACAAACAGCUACAUUUAUUUAGUGAUGUAGGAGAUAUUUGUGAAAAAAGCUUAGCUCAGACACGUAUCUCUGAGAUAACUGUUUAGUUUUCAAAGAUUGGGCAUGUUGCAUCUGUCUGUAAGCUUGUGAGAAACCUUGGGUAUGACCUGCAGUAGGUUAAUUCAGGAAGAGCUAGGUCUUGAAGACAGCUAGUGACCAGCUAGGUGUCAGAACAGUGAAGAGUCUUGAUGCAUACCUACAUUGUCCUCUGACAGAUGGUGGGACCAGUCGAGUAAUGCUGGAGGAUCGGAGCUCCUCAUAUCUUUAUGAGCUUUGCGUUAUCAGUCAAUUACAAUACAUCUUAAAUUGCAUUAUUUUUAAGUCCACACUCUUUUUUAUUACGUAAUUUAAUUUUAAUUACUUCAUAUUUUCUUCAAGCUACACUCCAAGACAUUUCACACAGAGCAAAGAAUGAUUGAUGGCUUAACAUUAACAAUUUUUCUGAAGUAUAUCCAAGUUUACAGGGUUUUUUUUGUUUUGUUUUGCUUACAAUUAAUCCAUGUAAUAUUCCAGUUGUAAAACUUUGACAGUUUGGUAACAAAGCACUUCUUUUGUUUUUUGUUUUUUUUUUGUAUUGUACUGAUGGCUGAUGCCAUCUGUAAACUGGCAGAUGAUGAAAGAACGUUACUUGGGAAGUAUGAAGUCUUUCUUUUAAAUCAUAGCUGACAAUUUUACUCAAACCAAAAUAAUGUUACAAUUGUGCUGAAACUCUACAUUUGUACCUGACCUGCAAUUAUCAAGUGGUUAAUUUGGAUAAAUUAGGAAUUUUUUGUUGGUGAUUUAAACAGUCUUUUUUUUGCUCAUUGACCUAAAAUUGCUAUUUUUAUUUGUAUGCUAAAACACAGAGUUAUUUAUUAAUGAAUAUUUUUAUUAACUGGCACUGUAUAGAAUAGAAUUUGAAAGAGGUAACAAAUUUCAUUACAUUUCUUUGUAAAAAAAAAAAAAAAAAAGAAGAAGAAGAAGAAAUGCAUAAUUUUUGACUAGUAUAACUAGUUAUAGGUAAAAGGUUUUAUGGAAGCCAAAGAGGAACAAAAUCUCAGAUCACGUUUAGGGAGAUAUCAAUUCAAAGCUCAGGUUACUGCAAAUGAUUGUCACGUUUGGUUCUGUGCAUUUCUUAAUGCCUCACAUGCCUUAAGAAACAACUGACAGCUGAUUAUCCAUCAGAAGGACAUCAGGACCAACACAGAGUAAUCAACAUGAGAGAUGAUUUCAGAUGUGUAGGUACUGAGGCUAAAAGUGCUGGUAGAUUCAGUGUCUACAUCAGUGCCUCUGUACACAUCACACGCAGCACUGUUACUGUUCACAGCUUUAAUAAUUUUCCGAUUAUACCUGUUUGUUUUGAUAUUUUAAUAGAAUGUAAUAUAAUUUAGUUUAACAGCGAGUGGAUGUAUAUUUGUAUGUACAUGUGUAUCUGUAUUUGCCUGUGUUAUAUGUAAUGAGUGACUACUGAAAAAGAUCAGCUUUAAACAUUCAUAUAGACUUAUUAGCCACAUUUGUAGCCACAUUUUUACCCCGGGUCCUUCAUUCAAUUUUCCAAUCAGCUAGUCUGUGGAUGCUGCAAUCAACUAACAUCAGAACGGAGGGAAUUACAGUUACUUGAUCUCAUGGAAACUGCUGAUCUUAAGGUAUUUUCCAUGGACAAUAUUCUGUGAGCUGAAAUUCAUGAAAUACCUUUUUCAUGAGAGAAGUAAGAGGAGAAUUGUUAUACUGAUUCAGUAUUUGUACAGUAACUCAAAUAAUCACUCCUUACAACCAUGGUAAGCAGAAAAGCAGGACUACAGGAGGUUUCACUCCAGUCCGCCAAGUGCAGGCUUAGCAAAACUGUACAAUUAACGAUUGGGAAAAAAUUGUCCAUCUUCAACUAAACGUGGCCCUUUGGGUAUAUUUCUGUGUGUUCCUGCAUGUGUGCAUGUCUGCAUCACCUGUAUAACUCUCACUUGCGUUUACUAAACAAUUGUUCUCCAUGGAAAAGUAUCAAUGAUAAGUUUGUAUAGAAGCACAAGGAAGUGAAACCUGGAAAUCUAAGAAUUCAGCUCCUUAUGUCCCACCAUUACACAAAGACCUGAUGAAGCAGCUGCCUGGGUUGGGAUGCUUAAAUGUUUUAUGCUAACUUAAUGGUACUUGCUGGUUGACAGUGAAAUGGAUACACUACUAGUCCUUGAACACCCGGCGAUCCAUAGGUUUUAUUAUAGUUACAAGUUGUUAUAGUCAAAACCAAACAAAAUGAUAUUCAGUAGCAAUUGAAUAAAUUAACCACAAUCCAUGGAUUAAGGCAGGAGGGUUAAAUCUGUGCUAGUAUUGACUUUAAAACAAAUGUGUUACAAAAUUCUCAGAUUUUAGAGUAUUUAAAAUAAGGCCAUGCUAAAAUAUAGGGUGUUCAAAACCUGGCAGUGUAUACAUCAAGGUGUUAUUAUGUUGUCUCCCGAUAGCCACAGGACUAACACUGAAAGUCAGAGUCAGAAAGGGAAACUUCCAUAUUCUUUUCACUGAGAUCGCUGGUAGAUAGUCACUGGUCGUGAGCGUGAUGAUGGGAGAGGUUUAGUGAUAAUGAAUCGAUUACUCAUUGAUAUAGGAAAAUUGGUGCAAUAUUUUUUCAUCUGAUUUUUUAUUCACUGAAUUAAUAUAUUAUUGGACCAAUAAAUCUUCUUAACAAAA